AUGAGCUCGCAGUACUUCACGCUUGUUGAUGUUCUGUCGGUGUUUCUGCAGAUUGAACAAGUGAGUCAGCUUUCUGCUCUGGUCCAAGCUCAGGUCAACUACCACAGACAGGCCGCAGAGAUCCUUCAGCAGCUCUCCAGCAAACUAGAGGACAGAAUAAGAGAGACUUCUUGCAAGCCGAGAAGAGAGUAUGUCCCCAAACCUCGCACCUCGGUGGAUUUCAGUGAGAACCACAAUGGCAGCAUCGGGCUCAGCGGCCCGUCCAGAUCACCAGCUCCGAUGGACCAGCCUUGCUGUCGGGCGCUGUAUGAUUUCGACCCUGAAAACGAGGGUGAGCUGGCCUUCAAGGAAGGAGACGUCAUCACCUUAACUAGCAAGAUUGACGAGAACUGGUAUGAAGGAACAGUCAGUGGGCAUUCGGGCUUCUUCCCUGUCAACUAUGUAGAUAUCCUGGUAGAUUUACCCCACUAAGUCUAAUGCAUGACCAAUCAAACCACUUCUUCUGCAAGAGCAGAAAUAACCAAACCUAGCAGCACAAACCAACCGCUCUGUUGUGGGAUUUGCGCAUAGGAAAUAAUAAGCAAUGAAAACGUUUCGAGUGCCCUUCAGUAGAUAUUAUUCCUGAAUGCCACCACUUUGUUAUAUUGAUUAAUUUCAUGUAUUUAAUUUUUCCUGAGGCUGACCUCUGCAUUGCCUGCUGCUAUGACUCCUGUAUGAUUUUCAGUUUAGCCUGUUUUUGUUUCCAGCAGCAAGCCAUGAAUUGGUCUCUUCAUCCGAACCCUUUUAAAAAUAUCUGCAGUUAAGUUAUUUUGGUAUUAAGUUCUUAGCAUAAUGUAUUUAUGAAAAAUUAUUUGAAGGACAAUGGAUGCCAAGUUGAUGUGAAGUAUUAAAUGUGAGGGUUUUUUUUCUUUGAAACUGCAUUAAUUGCAAAACAAAUAUGCUUUCUCAUCUUUCCUGUUCAUAGUGUGAAAUGUUCCGAUGUUUGUUUAAUGUCUUAAAACAAGUGAUGUUAGAUUUGACCAUUUAAAUCAAUUCAUAUUUAGCAACAGAGAAAAAAAAAAAAACGAGAUGAAAGUUAAGUGAAUCGUUUAUUUGUUACAGUGUGUCAUCUGUCUGUCAUGUAACAUUCUGUACAGUCCUACGUUCACAUUCCAUGGAUGCGGAACUGGUCACUAAGAUUCAACCCAAAACACUUUCGUGUGUAUGUGUGUGUGUAUAUAUUACUAUAAAUAUGUCUGAGUGCGUUAUCUGAACCCAUGAAACAUAUCAAAACGCAUAUCAAAUUUUGUCAUAUUUGCCUGAUGUCUGAUUUAAGUCUAGAAAGAAUUCCUGACUCUGAAUGAUGUUUACUAUUGGCUUAAAAUUUCCACAGGCAGAAUAAGAUAUGUUCUUCUUAAUAUUUGUGUCUUUAGUUGUUUUUAUCAGCUCGAAGAGCCCCUUUAUAUUUAAAUAAAGCAUAUCUAGUAUUGGCAGGACAUUCCAAUAUUUUUUCAGUCGUGUUGUUUAUCCUCAGUGAGGUCAUUUUUGUGUUUAUCCCGUGUGUGUGUGUGUGUGUGUAGUCCUGUAACUCUAGUACCACGUGUUGCUUUUGGAUCAGUGUUGAAGCGUUAGAUAUUUCUGGAAGUGCUGGGAGAGUUUAUUUGUGAAGCGCUCCUCUUUAGCAUGAAUCUUCAUGGUCUCAUCUGAAUCAAUCAUAGGCUUGUUCUGAGAACGAAAAAACUGUGCAACUACAAUAAAACCCGUUUA